AUGGACAACACGGCCCUGGUCGGAGAUGUCGACGAACAGCCACAAUCAUCAUCAUCCAGAUGGUACCGCAAGCCAGAUGGCCCUCACAGGAUGGCAGACAUCCCGGCCCAGAAUCAAGAACCCCAUUCCGUUGCUCUGACCGAGGAGGACGACGACGACCACGUCCGGGACGUCGAUGGGGAGAACUCGCCCACGCCUCACUCGGCCUGGUACCGAAAGCCGCGGCCGGAACGAGACUCGAGCCUCAUCGAGCCGGACCCCGAGCUUGCUGAGCAGGCGGACGAGAAGACUAAGAGGAUAUGCGGGUGCUCGAGGCCGACCUUCAUCAUUGUCCUGUUCUUUGUUGUGGUUGUGGUCGCUGCUGCGAUCGGGGGUGGGGUCGCUGGAGCGCAGGCUUCGAGAAACAAGGGAGACGACACCCAAACUACUGCGUCCUGA